AUGCCCUUUGAUGCCAGCCUCUCCGUGAUUGUGACCGGGUUUGAGAACUCAGGGACGACCGUGCUCUCUCAGCUGAUCAUGUCCUCGCCGCACAUUUUUGGUGCCUUUGAAUGCGGCCUACUGCUGGCCUGCUCGCCACGCGAGUUCACGCGCGUCCAGCCCUUUCACAAUUGGCUUCCACAACGCUGGCGCCUGCCAGGGCGGGAUGCGGCGGCGCAGAUUGACAAGGCUGCGUGCCACCAGCAUGCGUACAGCAUUUUGCUUAACCAGUCGCUGUGCCUACAGCGGGUGGGCGCAAAGUCAUUGCUGGACAAGACGCCAGCAUACGUUUAUGUUCUCGACGAAGUCAUGCGUAGCACACCAGGGGUGCCUGUGGUGGUCGCGCAGAAGUCGCAAGCCUCCCAGCUGCACUCGUGGGCAAAGCGUGGUGUGCGCGGUGACGAAGCGUUCAAACGGUACGGUGCCGGAGUCGCCGCGCACAAGCGGGCGGCCACUGCGUUUCCCGAACGCCUCCGUACCGUUGACACGCAUUUGCUCGAGGCCUGCCCGGCAAUGCGGAGUGGCAACGUUUCCGAUUUGUCGGCGGAAGGCUGCGCUGCGGCAAACGCGACGCUCGCGUCAGUCUACCGCUGGCUUUCCCGCUUCGAUCCUCAUGCUGCGUGGGGUGCGUGGGACGCUCGGUAUCUCACGCUCGCCACACACAAGGCAAAAGCUGUCGCGUGCAAGCGUUGA